UAGGGGGGUGACUCCCUUGUUUGCAUAAGUGACUCUGUUUUAAGGUCUAUGGGAAAAUGUAAAUACUUCCCACUUGAUUUAUGAAGUCGAUAAACAUUUUCCUGAGGUGUUGACCGUCUCAACCAGUAGUUUUAGCUUUAAUUGUUCAAGAUGACAAUGUUGUAAAUGAUGUCCCUUUUCCUGGCAGAUUAUGUGGAGUGGACGCCAGUGUGAUUGACAGCUGGUAUCGUCCAAUAGGAGCCUGGUUGCAGUUGAAGCUUCUGAACUUCCGGUUUCAAAACAUCAACAUGGCACUGACCAAACUGCAGACACCGAGGCUUCAGAAUGGGGUUCAGAUUCACAUGCGGGACGUCACGCCUGGUGUGACAGACAUUACACAAAAGAGUGAUGUCAAACUCAGAAGGCACAGUCUAUGGGCUGAGGAUCGGGAUGGCAGGUGAUUCCCUCACCGCUGUGGAGCGGAACAGAAGCUCUGGAGAGCAGUGGGACAUGGGGGAGACCAAACCUAACGUGGAAGCUCUGGAGCAAAGCAGAGCCUCUGAAGAGCAGUGGGACAUGAGGGAGACCAAACCUAACGUGGAAGCUCUGGAGCAAAGCAGAGCCUCUGAAGAGCAGUGGGACAUGAGGGAGACCAAACCAAACGUGGAAGCUCUGGAGCGAGGCAUGCCGAGCUUGUAUCUCUCGUGCUUUGACAUGCUUCUCACAGAAGAUGCCACAUGGCUAGUGAAAGUUUCAGAGGCCUCCCCGAUGGUGGCUGUACCCAUGACCAACAUGGAGUCACAGGAAGAGCCGGAGCAGUGCCCCGUCAUUGACAGCCAGGAGCAGGGACUCUCUCCUGGACUGGAGGGCCAGGAGGAGGAGCGGUCUCUGGAGCAGGUGCAGAGCAUGGUGGUGGGAGAGGUGCUGAAGGACAUUGAAACAGCCUGCAAACUGCUCAACAUCACCCCAGACCCAAUAGAGUGGAACAGUGGGAACGUGCAGAAGUGGCUGCUGUGGACCGAACACCUGUACAGGUUGCCUCAUGCAGGAAAGUCCUUCCAGGAGUUGACAGGAAAGGACCUCUGUGCCAUGAGCGAGGAGGAGUUUCGCCAGCGCUCGCCACAGUGCGGAGACACGCUGCACGCACACCUGGACAUAUGGAAGUCAGCUGCAUGGAUGAAAGAGAGGUGUUCAGCUGGAGACACCAAAACUACAGGCAGUGAGAAUCUUUGGUCUGAGGCGGAUUCCUCCAGUUUGGGUCAGCCCAUUCACCUGUGGCAGUUCCUCAGAGAGCUCCUGCUCAAACCACACAGCUACGGACGCUGCAUUCGCUGGCUCAACAAAGAAAAAGGUAUUUUUAAAAUAGAAGACUCGGCUCAUGUUGCAAGACUGUGGGGACUCAGAAAGAACAGGCCAGCUAUGAACUAUGACAAACUGAGCCGAUCCAUACGUCAGUACUACAAGAAGGGCAUCAUCCGCAAACCUGAUGUGUCUCAGAGACUGGUUUAUCAGUUUGUUCACCCCGUAUGAAGCUGAGGAGGAGGAGGAGGAGGAGGAGGAAGAGAAGGAGGAAGGACACUAACAUGUGCACUGACCAACCCCAAUAGUACACACUUCCACUGCCAACACUGCGUCACAGCUGACAGCUGCGACAUGAAGACGUAUCUGUGCAUGGGCCCGAGAAGAGGAGGAGGAGGCAAAACAAUGUGAAUGCUGAGGCUUUUUCCUGCUGUAGAUUUAAACAACCACUGAUUAAAAGAAAACAGAGGAGGAGUUUAGUGCACUGCCUUUUCAUUUGCAUGAUCUGCCUGUUUGUUUUCCCACAAAACAAUUCACACUUAUUCUUUACUCAACAACCAGUUUGAACUAAGAGUUCUUAUGCGCGAGCACUAAAUGCCCCAGCGCUUCAUUUCAUUUUGCUCAUCUUGACCGUGGCCUGUGUUUAAAUUAGAGCCAGUUUUUCUGCCUAUGUGGUUUAGGUGUGUAUAACAACAAGGACCAAGCCCAAAGAUGAAGAGACACAGACGUUACAGGACAGCCACUCUUUUAUUUCCUUGUGCAAGGAUCGUUGAAAUACUGUGGAUACAUGAAUCUGUUUCACCGCUUCUGUACAGUUUCGGUCUUCAAAACUCUGGUUUCUGCUGCUGUGUGUUGUGUAUUAUAUUUGUGUCAUUAGCCUUUUGACCGAGAUCCAUAUUGUUCUAAAUGAAACAAAUAGAAAAGUGAAAUAAAUAAUCAAAUAUAUACACGGAUAAAACGCGUCAUUUAUCUUUAUUUAUGUUUGCCUCCCGCCUUUUUUGCAUCUGACUGUUCGAUCACCACCGAGUUUUAUCCACACACUCAGAAUGUGAAGUAAUAACUAAACCAAACUUAGAACCAGGAACAGAAAACAGCUGGAGUCUUACAUUUACACACCUGCAUCCAUGCUAAUAUUUGCUGAUUAUUAUUUUCCUCAUCAAUUAAGCAUCAUCUCACGCGCUUGCAAGCCUAUUUAGCUGAGAUUAUUUAUCCUUUAAAACGUCUCAAAUCGGUAGAUUAAGCAUGCACAUGAGUACAAAGGUGCAUCUGUAUUCCACAGCAGUGACAAAUGUUGUGAUUAGGUAUAAGGAGGAAAUGUAAACUAACUGAGGCCCAACCACAAGCUUGCUUUUGCCCUGGGCCCUUUAAAUCUCUUGAUAUACCUUUGCUCUCUGUUUGUUUUUUUUCUAAUCUAGGGCCAAUAAUCUGUCCAGUAUUUUGGUGAUGCUUACAAAUCUAAGAAUAUCCCUCUCAGCUGCACAUGCAUAGAAGACAUAGACUAUUACCUGCUUAACAAGAAAGAAUUAUCAUCAUGAUCAUAAUGAUGAUGUUUGUUUUUUCUUUUUUUUCAUU